AUGCUAUCUUUAUUAUUUAGAAAUUCAAAACAAACAGUUAAUUAUAACUUAAAAAAUUUAACUCAAUCGACAGUGUUUUAUUCAACUGAAGCAGCUGAUACUAAAAAAGUUUCUUUACACAAAACAUUAUGGAAGAAAGAUGUUGUAUAUCUUUAUCAAUUUAAAAGAACUCCCGCAUUGCCAAAUAUGUCUCCAUUUUGUUUAAAAGUAGAAACUUUUUUACGUGCUCACAAUAUUCCUUACAAUUCAUUGGAAUCACUUAUGAUAAGAAGUGAAAAAGGUUUGCUUCCAUUUAUUGAACUUAAUGGAAAACAAAUAGCUGAUUCACAAUUAAUUUUAAAUCACCUUUCUCAACAUUUUAAUAUUAAGGAUAAUCUUACACCAGAAGAAUAUGGUAUAUGUCGUGCUGUUGAUAGAAUGAUUGAAGGUUCAACUUUUUUUGCAUUACAAUAUCAUAAAAUUCUUGACAAUGCUAUUAAUACCUUCAAUCCAAAAGUAUCUGGUUUUUUAUUCCCUUCAUUUGCCAUAAAAUUUAUUGCAAAAAGAUUUACUACACUUAUGAAAAAGAAACUUGAUUCUCAAGGAUAUGGAAAAUUUACACAUUCUGAAAUAAAAACUGUUUUAGAAAAUGAUCUCCGGGCUUUAGAAGGAUUAUUAGGUGAUAAAAAAUUCUUCUGUGGAGAAAAACCAACAAUUGCCGAUUUUACAGUUUUUGCUCAUCUUGCUGCUAAUUAUUAUAUGCCUUUCGAUAUGCCAAUUCAUGAAUAUAUAGAUAGUUCAUGUCCAAACUUAAAAAGUUUCUUAAAUAGAAUGAGAAUUCAUUACUGGAGUGAUUGGAAACCAUUAAGAGAUAUAUAA